AUGCUGAGAGCCGAGAAAUGGGCCGGUGGUGCGGAGAACAAGACAUACUACAGUAAGAUGCACUUACUGGACAAAUCCAAGGUGAUGGCCUCGAAGAAGAAGCCGCUGUGGCUGGAGUUCUCUCCCAUGCCGUCGCCCACCUCUGCCACACCUGUGGGAAUAAUCUUCAAACAGGGGGAUGACCUCAGACAGGACAUGCUGGUCAUUCAGACCCUGGUGGUGAUGGACUCUAUCUGGCAGGAGAAAUCUCUGGACCUUAACCUGGUUCCGUAUGGCUGCAUCUCCACAGGACACAACAUAGGUAUGAUUGAGAUUGUGAGAGAUGCAGCAACCAUCGCUGCAGUCCAGAGGACCCACGGAGGAACGACAGGAGCCUUCAGAAACGAUGCUCUGUAUGAGUGGCUCAAGUCCAAAUCUCCCCUCCAGGAAGUACACUACAAGACUUCGGAGAGAUUUGUGAAGUCAUGUGCUGGUUAUUGUGUGGCCACCUAUGUAUUGGGUAUAGGAGAUCGACACAACGACAACAUCAUGAUCACAGACCAAGGGAACCUGUUUCACAUCGACUUCGGUCACAUCCUGGGUAACACGAAGCACUUCCUGGGCAUGAACAGGGAGCGUGUACCAUUCGUCCUCACACCUGACUUCCUGUAUGUCAUGGGCAGAGAGAAAGGGAGCAACAGCCUCUACUUUCAGCGCUUCAGGGACACUUGCACCCAGGCAUACCUCUUGCUGCGCUCGCACUCUCGUCUGCUGGUCACUCUUUUCUCCCUCAUGCUGCUGACGGGCAUCCCAGAGCUGAGCGCCGCAGAGGACAUGCGCAUUAUGUAA